CGCGCACUGCAAAGCGUAUGUUUUUUUUCUUCGCAUCGCGUGGUUUGGUCAUAGCCGGGAAUUGAUAUCGUGCGAUGGCGACGUCUUGAGCCAAAAGAAUCGGUCUAUCAGGCUCGCAGCAAGUUCAAAAGCUGCAAAAUGGAAAAACAUCUUCUGAUUUUUGCUUGAAAAAUUGUUUUAUUGAGACAGCAUUAACUUUAUAAGAACCCUCUGCCUAUUAUGUUAACGUGAUGCAAAUUUCUUCUCCAAAAAUUGCUCUAUCAGGCUCACAGGAGGUCGAGAAAAUACGUAUGGUUUUGAUGUGUAAUGAUGAUGCCAAAAAGUUCACGAAAAAGCAUUGUAUCAGGAGCGUAGACCAAGUUACGUUCUUCUAGUACACAAACUUAAAAAAGAGCGAUUCUUGGGUUCCCGAUCCAGAUCUUUCCUAAAGGUUAUGCAUCAGGAGCAUAAAAAACUGCAUUUUGAUGAUGAAGAGGUGCACGAAAUUAAGGAGAGAACAAGAUGAUACCUGAUUACAGAACCUCCUCUUUAUACGCUCCUGAUACAAAAGUUCUCUCGAAAGAUUGUGUAGGAGAACGUAAAAUACAACGCGUUAUAAGGACGCUAAAGUUAAGUUUCAGGGUUGUGGAAGUGUAAAAAGUCACAAUUUGAUUAAAAAGGUCUGAUUCGUAGAUUAGCCGUAUCAGGCGUGUAGGAGAAGAUGUAAAUGUAACCCCGGGAAAAUAACCGUAUCAGUCGCUAGCAAGCAGUAUUAGGAGCGCAGUAACGUCUUGAUAACCAUUUCCUCCAGGUUGUAAAAAGCUGUAAAUUAUUGCCACGCUUUUUCCCUAUACCAAACUUACACGGGUAAUCAAGCAAAUAAACUACCUGUAUUAGGAGAACAGAUGCUGAAGAGUUAUUUCCAAAGGAUAAAAGUGUAUAAGUGAGAGGAGUAUCAGGAUCACAGGUUCUAAUGGUGCAUUCUUCAUAGUAACAGCAGUUUUUUGGUUCGAUUAUUGAAUUUAUGGCCAAAGAUGCAGGUUAACUUAUCCAAGUUUAGCAUUUAUCGAAAUAACGAGCGACUAUCAGUAGCAUUUCCGUUCCGGUUCAGAUAACAUGAAAUUCCAUUUUAAAAACACCUUAAUUAUCCGCAUUCCCCAGAGUGAAGAAUGCGCCGUAGCGAGGCCGUCGUCGUCCCGUUCGGAUUCUCGUACCGCCAGUAUGUCGAAAAUGGCAUGGUGCGAGAAGAAGACGUGGCCGACAUUCGCAGCUGGUGCGAUGAGUUCUCGCUUCCGGUGCUGUCGGAGGAGCAGGCAGUUUUGUUCCUCUUCUCUUGUGAUAAUGAUACGGAAUUCACGAAACGUACAAUAGAAACCGCGUUCGAGAUCAAGAACAGCUCGCCUCUCAUCUUCGACAACAGGAGGAUGAGCGGCGAAGACAUCCAGGGGGUUCUAAGUAUCUGCAACGUUUGCAUGGUGCCCCAGAAAACCAGCGACGGCUCCACCAUUUUGAUUUUGCAGGCGAAACUUAAAGAGGGCGACGAGGUUAAGUGGCACAUACGCGGACUGCUCAAGCUCACAUGCAUGCUCCUGGAGGCAGCCAUGUUCGCGAAUCCCAAGUGCGAGUUCAUCAUCGUCUUCGACGUACAGCACGUCACCAUGAAGCACAUCACUCGGAUCAAGCCGAAGGUGAUGAAGAUCUUCAUCCAAUACCUACAGGAGGGCUUGUCCGGUAAACUUAAAGCAAUACACAUCGUCAACAUGAUGUCCAUCCUGAACAAGCUGCUGAAGGUGCUCAAGCCGUUUAUAAAGAAGGAGGUCUGGAACAUGACGCACUUCCACUCGAGAGGCAAGAAUUUGAGUUCGUUCUACAAGUACGUGCCGACGGAGUACCUUCCCGAAGAUUUCGGCGGCUGCCAUCCACCUCUGAGUGUGCUUAAUGACGUCACGGUGCACACGCUCACCUCUAUGGAAGGGUAUUUCGAAAGUGAAGAGAUUUUUAGGCACAGCAUGGAUGACAGAGAGGAGCAAUAAAUUUGGUUUUUGUUUCA